AUGUUUGAGCUUGAACAGGAGAAGUAUAUGGUCCCCCAUGCCGGGUUAAAUUGGGUGAUGGAUGCUGUAAAUAGUUGUUGGAAAUAUUAUAAAUGCCAAAUCAAGAAGAAACACUUCUAUGCAUAUGAUACGGAUGAUUUAAGGUGGGAACAUAAACCAGAUUCAAUCUCCGAUCAGAUGUUCCAAGAUCUUCUACAAUAUUGGCAUACCAAUGAGGCGAAGGCAAUUAGCCACAGCAACAAAAGCAAUCGUCUAAUGUUAGAUGAUAUGCACACUUUAGGACGCAAAUCAUAUGCUAUUUUACGCCAUGAGUUGGACAAAAUUGAUGCUUUGGAGUCAGCAGAAUCACAAGAAGAUGGUAAUGUAUGCAAUGACCCUUACAGUGAAGUGAUUCCACCUCCUAGACGCAAAAGUCCUUUGCAUCUAUAUGGCUCGAGUGUGAAGAAGAGUGAUUUGAAGAACAAAGAUACAAAGUCAAGUUACAUACUCCCGGAGGAAUUCCUGGUAGGCAAAAAAGCACAAUUAGUCCAAGAAAUUGCACCUACCAUCACCGCUGCAGUUUUGGAUUCAAUUCGCGAGGUGAACCCCGGGAUUAAUCUUGUGGUUCCUAGUACUUUGCAGCAAUUGACUCCGCAUGAUGCAUCUAGUGCACCAAAUCGGAAUACUGCCCAAAGUGGACAAUCUUCAAAAUCAUUUAAUCAGGUGCUUGAUGACGAUGAGCUACCCCGGGAUGAAUGA